AAUAUACAUCUUUAUAUGCGCUUCAUAACUAUAAGGAGCGAAUCUAAUCCUAUUAUUAAGACAAAUAAUUGCAAACAUCCCCCUUCCAGCCGGAAUUACGUAGUCCAUCAGGCUUCCGCUGAUAAACAGCGGGUCGUUGAAGAGGUAAGUUUGAAGGAGAUGGAGAACUUCAUCCUGUAUGAGGAGCUUAGCAAAGAUGGCAGCUUUGUUGUCUAUAAAGGAAGAAGAAAGAGCAACCUCUGCUAUGUCGCCAUCAUCUGUACAGACAAAACCAAGAGACCAGAGAUCACUAACCAUGUACGACUGAGCCAGGAUCUGGAUCAUCCAAAUAUUGUACGCUUCUAUGAAUGGUUUGAGACAAGUAAGCACCUUUGGGUGAUAGUGGAGCUCUGUACAGGUGGUUCCUUGGAGUCUGUAGUGGCUCAUGAUGGAAGUCUGUCAGAGGAUAUUGUGAGGAGGUUUGGAUGGGACUUGGUUAAAGGUUUAAGACACAUCCAUGAAUUGGGAAUCAUUCUGUCAGACUUGACCCCUGCAAAGGUUCUUCUAGAUGGUAGCGGCGUUUUGAAGUUUAGUGACUUCUGUUUAUCCAAAGCUGAGGGAGAGACUCUGGAGAGUAUUUUUACAAUGCUUUCUGUAUCUGAGGAACAAGAGGAAGGAGACAGCAUGAACAUGAGAACAAGAGUGCAAGGUUCUCCAACCUACAGUGCUCCGGAGGUUUUGCAGGGAUCAGAAACCAGUAGGAGCUCUGAUCUCUGGGCUCUCGGCUGUAUACUCUACUAUAUGUGCAAUGGUAAACCUCCUUUCUGCUCUGAGAACCACACUGACCUGACAGAGGUGAUUUUGCAUCAGGAACCGCUACCUCUAAGACAGACAGUGUUUCUCCCAAAUCCUCCCAGUCAGGAAUUCCAGAGUCUUCUGAAAGGCUUAUUAAAUAAAAACCCAACCAAGAGGAUCAGCUGGUUGGAGCUGAUGGACCAUCCUUUCUGGACUCAAGUAAAACAGGAGGAAGAUGUUACAAAAUAUGGGGAAGAGGAGGAUGACGAUGUUGAUGGACACAAAAGAACAUGUUGCCAUUUUCCUGCAGAACAGACAGUCAGUCUACCCAGUAGGCACCCAGCUAUUAACCAGCCAGGUGGUAGUGUGCCAAAGAAAACGAUAUCUAGUGCAACAACUGACGGGCAGCCUGACACAGAAGCUGAAAGCCAACCAUCUGUUCCACAUGUAUCUGGUGGAAGGUCAAAGUACAUCAAGAACUCAAAUAAGGAGAUGAGAUGGGGAAGAACAAGGAAGGACCAAGUAAAGACUAGAGAUCUCCCUGAGCCAAAUGGAGUGGAUGAGGUGGACAACACACCACAUCCCACGAAAUCAUGUGUGACGGGUAAUGUCCUAGAGCUGAAACCUAAAAGCGGGGUGGAUCGGGACAAUGCUGAUACAAUCUUUCUGCUUAGUAGCGCUCGUACCAACUCAAGAAGCCAAUGCGGUAUCUCAGAUUCAUCUAACCAGAACACCAGACUUGAGGUUGUCACUGAUCCUGACAUUGCAAGCUGUAUAAAGCGUCUUCUUCAUACUGACUCUGAUCUGGGUGUCACCAAAAUCAUUGACAAUCCCAAGAUUCUUAAGAGUACUCCUGUACGAUUUGAUCCUAAAAACCUUUGUGUACCAGCAUAUUCAGUGGAGAAGCUGCUUUCUCUGAAUGAUGAUGAGUGGAAGGACUUUCUGUUACAACUUCAUUCAUGCUUUGAAGAAAAGAACCCAACCAUGCCAGUUCCCUCAGCUCUUCCUCAGUCCACAUCUGUUCGAUCUAGACUCAACCUGCUGUGCUACCUCUGCUGCAUCGCUGGGCACACAGCUAUCGCUGACAGGCUGAUUAACUCAACACUGCUUUCUGUGUUGACGCAGCAGUUACGACAAGCUCCAAACUGGGAUUUGCGGAGCAAGAUCCUCAGAGUGAUGGGUCUUCUGGCUCUGCACUGUAGUCGUCUUGAAGAGGACUGCCAUGUUUCUGAGGCUGUGUCAACUCUAACAGACCUGUUGAGGGAUAAUCUCAGGAAUAAUAAACUGAAACAGUUCCUGCUGCCACCACUGGGGGAGUUUCUUUACCUGAUGUCUUCUGAGGAGGAGAAGAGAGGCUCCCCAGAGGGACUGUGGUUCGUUCCCGCUGCCGCCUACACUGGCUUAAUGAGGAGCCUGCGGGAAGGGAAUGAUGCUGUAGUCCAUCAUAUGGCUGCCAAAGCCAUAGAGAACAUCUAUUCAACUGUUUCUGGUCUCUCUCGUAAUCUGGCUACCACAGAGAUGGGCUCCGCUUUGUGGUACCUGUUCACCCGCUCUACUGUGGAGGCUGUCAGAGUCACUGCCAUCUCUUCUCUUUCAAGGCUAACCCGUUUGGACCCAGCAGUCUUCUUGUCAGUGAUUGACACCUGUGGUCCUGCAGCCGUCUUGGAGGGCAUAGGUGGAGCAGGAUCCAGGGUGCAGCAGCACCUGCUCACUGCCGUGGCCUCUGCCGUCCUUGCCUCGCACAUCCACAAACAUCGUAUCACACAGAGCCGGGAUCUGGUUCUGAAGGUGCUGCGUUGCUUCGAGAGCCCAUCUGCUGUAACAAGAGCCAAAGUAUUACUGCUGUUACUGCUGCUGAUACAGGACAACACACACAUGCUGCUUUACUGCUGUCAGCACAGACUCGUGAUGUACCUGGAGAGAGACCUGCGAAAAGCCACUCCUGUCAGAGACAACCCCAGCCAAUCAGGAUACCUCUUUCAGUGUCUGGAUUUACUGCUUCUGCAUCUGACUCGCACUGCGCCAGUGAUAAUGGAAAAUGUCUUGUCUGCAUUGAGAGAUGUGAUUGGGAGAAAACACCCAUCUGCAGCUCAGAGUAGACAGCUUAAACAGACUUUGCCAACAUUGUCUGUGGUUCUAGAGCUCCUUUCAUCUCAGGUCUUCAGAGCUCGAAUUGUAACUGAGGAGUUACUGGUUCAAAUUGGAUGGCUGCUGAACUACAUUAUUUCAGUGGAGUCCAAUGAAACUAACCUGUCCAGUGCUGUAGGUGCUGCAAUAUGUGAAGAGCUGAUUAGGACAUCUCUGUGCAUUGUGGAGGUCCUGAGUCAGCACCACACUCUAAUCACUCAGUAUCAGUGUGCUGUUGUGGAUGCUGUCCUACCGCCUCUGACAACACUGGCUUUCAGCAGAAAUGUGGAAUGGUCCGUGUUUGUUUUGAAGGUGCUGUCUGAACUCAGCCUGGUUCUGCUCGUCCAAGAUGAUGAUGAUGAUACUGAUGAAAAUCAGGACAAAAAUAGAGGCAGGAGAGAGACAGGGGGGGCAGCUGAAAGAAGUGGAGAUGGAAGAUCAUGUAGCCCAGUCUUAUCUGUCUUCAGCAAAUCUUUACUUUCAAGGUUUGAAGUUCUUCUUUGUGCACCAGAACCUAUCCCGCUCUACGUGCUCAAGUUGCUUGUAUCAAUGACUGAGCACAGCACUCAGAUCUGCAGGUUGAUCAAAUAUAGCAGGAUCCUACCAGUUGUCUUUCAGCUCAUUAUGGUCAACAGUGUCACCAGUGGAACAGUCCAGAGCGCAGUCGUCUUGCUGUGCAAUCUUAGUGGAGACGCAGUCACGAAUCGGCAACAGCUACAUCAGCAAGAGCUUGUGGAGGUGUUGGUGAGUACUCUCUCAGAAGCUGCACUGGUCUACCUGGAUGAAGAGAAGCAUUCUGGAAGGAAGAUCAGCCUUGUUGUCUUACAAGCUCUUCUGGAAAUGUUACACAACACCCUAAAGCAAACAUCAGCUGUUGUCCGAGCUGCGCUCCAGAGCCAGAGGCUAUCUUGUUCAGCAGCAGAAACGGAGGCAGCAGAGAAACUGCUCGUAGCCAACAGACCCCUGAGCCAACUCAACGCUCACCUCAUUCACAUGCUGUCCAGUGAAAGCCAGGAGGUGUGGGAGGAAUCUCUUCAGUGUCUGUCCUUACUGGUACAGCUAUAUGGUGGAGAGGGUCAGGAUGGCUUAUCAUCUUCAUGCUUACAAAGCUUCUCCCAUCUCCUGUGCACCCACAUGAACACUGAGACCCCCCGAAUACAACGUACUACUCUUAGGAUCAUAAAACGGCUGAUGCAAACUACAGACCGGUCUAAUUGGUUCGAAUGUCCUGAAGGAGAAGAGCUAACCACUCUGCUUCAGGAUAUUGCUGCAUCCAACAGGCAUCAUGCUGAUGUGGCUCCACUGGCUGUAGAAAUCCUUCAAGAGAUCUCUAGACCCUAGAAAUCCCUUUAUCAUCUUUAAACCCUCAAUAAACCAGAUGUGACCCAGUA